UCCUUUUCCGAGCUCUCUGAGUGUUUUAUGGCACUAGUGGCUUCCGAGGCCCCAAGAUGCCACCUUUCACUCUCUCUUCCCCCUCCGACCACUCCUUCCUCUCCUUGUCCCCCUCCUUCGGCCGCUUCAAACCCCUAGCUCCCCCUCGCCUCAUCCUCAGAAACCCUAACCCGAACCCCAAUCGAGAAUCCCCAUCCAAAGAGCUCCACAUCGGUACCACAUCCUCCCUUAACGCCCAGUUCUACGCCUCUAAUCGCCAAAGCCGCGCAGGAGUCGCCAAAUCCGAGCCCAAAUCGCUCAAUUUGAAUCAUAAUGAGCCUUUCAGCAGUUGCCCAGAUGGUGGUUCCGCUUCUUUCGCGUCCGCACACCACCCGUUCGACGAAAGUCCCCAGAGAAGAGCCGCGUUCUACGCUGCAACGAUUGGCGCUCACUGCCGAUCGCAGCGGUGGGAGGAAGCCGUGUCCGUGUUUGCUUCGAUGUUGGAGGACGGUGCCGCGCCCGAUAAGUUCCUCGUACCGAAGAUCCUUAAAGCGUGCUCUGAGCUCCGGAAUGGUGGCGUGGGCGCUUGCGUUCACGGGUUCCUGGUGCGAGCGCCAAUAGAGUUUGAUGUGUUUGUGGGGAAUUCGCUUAUUGACAUGUAUGCCAAGUGCGGCGACCUCGCGUCUGCUCAAGCCGUAUUUGGUCAAAUGCCGGAAAGGGAUGUUGUUUCGUGGACUGCGCUCGUGAAUGCCUAUUCCGAUGCAGAAUACUUGGAUGAAGCUUCUAGAAUAUUUAAUUUGAUGCUUGCGAGCGGGGUCAAGCCGGAUCUGAUUUCAUGGAACGCCUUGAUCUCCGGGUUUGCUAGGAAUGGUGACAUUGAUACGGCUCUUUGUUUAUUGGAUAAGAUGUGCGCGGACAGGAUCAAACCAGGCACCAAUACUUGGAAUGGAGUCAUUUCGGGUUGCGUUCAAAAUGGGCUUUUUGACAAUGCUUUGGAUGCUUUCAGCGAGAUGUGCUUACUGGAAAAGCCGAAUGGUGUUACCAUCGCAAGCAUUCUUCCCGCUUGCUCUGGCUUGCAUUCAUUGAAUCUAGGCAGGGAACUCCAUGGAUAUGUGAUUAGAAAUAGAAUUAAGCUGAAUGUAUUUGUGGGCGGGUCAUUGAUCGACAUGUACUUGAAGUGCGGGAAAUUCAGUUACGCAGAGCGGGUGUUUUCUGAGCUCGAGAGUAAGAAUUCGACGGUGUGGAAUGAGAUGAUCGCGGCAUAUGCAGAUGAGGAUAACAUGAGCGAGGCAUUGAAGCUCUUUCGAUUGAUGCAAGAAGAUGGAUCGAAGCCAGAUGUGGUCACCUAUAAUGUUUUCAUCGCUGCUUAUGCCAAAAAGUGUCAAAAAGAAGAGGUCUUUAAUAUGAUUUCUGAGAUGGGACGCGCCGGUUUGAAACCUAAUGUAGUUUCUGUGAAUUCGAUUAUAUCAGGUUUUCAUCACUGUUAUUUAAAUGUUGAGGUGUUAGAAUUGUUUCGAAGUAUGCAGUUUCCAAACGGUGCAAAUGCAAACAGUUGCAGUUCACCUCCUGAUAUGCUAGAUUACGGCAUUCAACUGAAUGCUGUUACCAUUAAUUCAGUGCUAUUGGUGUUGACUGACCUUAAAUUACUUCAUUUAGGAAAGGAAGUUCAUAGCUACGUUCUGAGAAAUGGUUUCGAAUCCAAUAUCUUUAUCUCAAGCACUUUGGUCGACAUGUAUGCGAAAUGUGGCAAUAUGGUCUAUGCUACUAUCGUCUUUAAUGGAAUUAAAGAGAAAAAUAGUGUGUCAUGGAACAUUCUAAUUGCUGGGUACAACCAUAAUGGAGAGCCUGGAUCUGCCCUAAAUUUAUUCCCGAAAAUGCUGGGAGAGAAUAUUGUUCCUAAUUCGAUAACCCUAAUGAUCCUACUGUUUUCCUGUAGCAUUAUGAUGGCUUUAAAUCUGGGGAAAGAAUUACAUGGGUACAUUGAGAAAACAAGGCCUAAUGAAUAUCCUGUUACUCUUGCAUGUUCUUUGAUUGAUAUGUAUGCAAAAUGUGGCAGUAUAAAGGACGCCAAAUUGGUAUUCGAUACAACUGUUCAAAAGGACAUAGCAGUGUGUAAUGCAAUGAUGACUGGCUACUCCCUACAUAAAAUGCCCGAGGACGCAGUAAAUCUGUUUCAGGAGAUUGAACUCUCUGGCCUAAAACCAGAUCAUAUAACUUUCUCUGCAUUUCUUUCGGCUUUAAAUCAAGAAGGUUUUGUAGAAGAAGCUCGGAAAUAUUUCAACAGCAUGGUAACUGUCUAUGCAGUUUCGCCAACUUUGGAACACUUCACAUGUAUGAUCGACAUUGUGGGAACCGCCGGUUUACUCAAAGAGUCAUUAGAUAUUAUUGCAAGUAUGCCAUUCGAGCCCGAUGCUUGUGUGUGGGCUACCCUUCUCAAAGCCUGCAGACUACAUUCAAAUCAUGAGAUAGGAGCGAAGGCUGCGGAAGCUCUUUUUCAACUAGAACCCCGUAAUGCUUCAAAUUACAUAGUACUCUCUAAUAUCUAUGCCAUGUCCGGCAUGUGGGAUUCUGCUGCUAGAGUAAGGGAUUUAAUGAAGGAUCGCGGGUUGAAUAUGGUUAGACAAUGCAGCCAAUUGUAUGUUGGUACGACAGUUCAUUCAUUUAAAGCGGGAGAUCGAUCUCAUUGUGAAAUAGGGAGGAUUUUGAAUUUCUGGAGAAUUUUAACCGAUAAAAUGAUGAAGAGUGGAUAUGUUCCUCUAGACGCUGUGUUUUGCAAUGAGGGUCAAGUUGAUCCUUUUACUUGUUACCAUACUGAAAAGCUCGCGAUAUGUUUCGGACUCAUAUCUACGAGCCCUUACAGCCCGAUACACGUAUCGAAGAACAUAAGAAUGUGCAUGGACUGCCACUAUUCAGCAAAGUUCAUCUCGAGAACUUAUAAUCGAGAGAUAGUUGUCUCAGAUGGGUGCUCCUACCACUAUCUUCAGAAUGGCGUAUGCAGUUGUAGAGACAAAUGGUGAUUACAGGGAAGCAAUUUGUGUUGCAGGCGCAGUUCAAGUAUCGGUGCGAAAUUGUUGGAGAUCUUUAAAGCUUUUCAUUUGCCAGGAUCGCGCGAACUGCUAUCGUUCGACAACCGGAGGGAAUGACCUAGAAAGCAGUUUAGGCUAUCGAUGUUGGGACCCGGAGACUACUUGAAAAGGAGCCAAGCCAAAAAAAAGUGCAACUUUUUCAUGUACAUAGAUUUUGAGCAUAAUGAAGCAGCACUAAGAAUAUCUAAUAAAACAGGAAAUUUACAUGACAUUGAUAGAUUAAGUGUUCACAUUCAAUUUUAGAAAUCAUAUGCUGUUAAUGCAGGGGAAGGCUAUUUGACAUCUCUUAAGCAAAACCCCACUUUGUCUUUACACAAAGCUUUGAUGGCAAAUGCGUGAUGCUUGAAACAUAUCUUCUGGUUAAUGCUAAAAUAAGAUGAGAUGUUUGUGUUUUUUGA